UCAAGCUCAAGCGCGCCAUCUGCUGCAUAUAUAAUACAUUUAAAAAAAUUAUCCAGACCGGAACCAAUAUUUGGGGAUCAGUGUGCAUCUAAGGAGGACAUUUGUCGACCCACCAUAACGUGUUGAAACAUUUGUUGGUGUUUUUUUUGAAUGUCUUUUUAUUCUUGUAAAUGGCAGACAAAAGUCAAAUUUGUUCAGUAUGGGUGGGAUCAGAAACAGGGAUAUUGAAAGGAGUAAGUCUAUCCAAAAAACAGGCGUUCAACUUCUGUGAAUUUAGCUGCCUGAGUCGAGACCAGGAAGUGUGUGUACUGGGCUGGGGUGAUCCACAGGAGACCGAGGUGCUGGUGGGGUCUGUGAAUGGCACAGUGAAGACGUUUAGCACAGAGAAGGGAAUCUUCACUGAGACCCGACAGUGUGGAGAGAGUACCCAGGGGAGGUUCACAGGACUUGCUGUGACAGACAGUGCUCUGAUCACGUGUGUGGAGACAGGACUGCUGAGAGUUUGGAAGGAGGGAUCAGAAACAGUUGAGAUAAAUGCUGGGAAGAAUGUUAGCCGGAUGCGACAGAAUCCCUCGCAGUGUAACCAGGUGGCUACAGGUGGCAAGGAGAAUGGUCUAAAGGUCUGGGAUCUGGAGAGGCCUGAAACGCCCAUCUUCACCUCCAAGAAUGUGCGUAAUGACUGGCUGGACCUGCGAGUGCCAGAGUGGGUCAGAGACAUGGCCUUCAUCCCAAACUCAGACAAGAUAGUCACCUGCACAGGUCUUCACCAGGUGCGCGUGUAUGACCCCGCCUCUCCACAGAGGCGUCCUGUCCUGGAGUCUGAGUUUGGGGAGUACCCCCUCACGGCCCUCUCCCUCCCUGCCAACAAAGACAGUGUUGUAGUGGGCAACACACAGGGCCAACUCGCCAUCUUGGAUCUGCGGAAAGGUCUGGUACGUGGGUGUCUGAAGGGGCUGGCCGGAGGGGUGCGGGGGCUGCAGUGCCACCCUUCUCUCCCUCUGGUGGCGUCCUGUGGGCUGGAUCGCUUCCUGAGGGUGCACAGCCUGGAGGACCGCACUCUACAGCACAAGGUGUAUCUCAAGUCACGACUCAACUGUGUACUUCUGUCCAGCCGAGAUCCGGAGCUGGGCAGUACAGGAGUGAGCACAGAUGUAGAGGAGGUGAAGGAAGAGGUGGGGGAGGUGGAUGAGGUGUGGGACACGAUGGAGAUGAUCAAAGACAAGGCCAAGAAACGAGCAACAGAAGAAGUGGAAGCUGUUCUGGUAGAACCAGAGAGGACGACCAAGAAGAAGAAAAAAGCGGUCAAAUGAGCAGCGGCUCAAGGAAAGGACGGGGUCUUCAAUGGGAAACUUGGGGGUAGACGUUUGUAAAGCCAGUGUUACGUAUGUACAGACUGCUUUCCUGUUGACUCUCACAUGGAAAUGGAAUAUCCACUGUAUUCUGGUUUAAACUGUACACAGUCUUGGGUUGUGUGAAUGCCCUUUUUUACCAACAUCCUUGUAGCCAAUAUUAAAAAUGUAUAUUUAAAGAUUAGUGUUCUUUUAGCAGCAGUACAUAACAUUGUAAUUCCUUGAAUUCAUUUUUCAGUGUUACAAUCUGGAACUAAAAUACAUUUAAUUGGGGUUUACAUGGAUUACAGGUAUUCUUGGGAAAACUUCUUAUAUAUUAAAUAAGAGCUUUUAUGCAAAGAAAUUCA